GACCUUAUUUGUGUACUAUACGCCACUCACCAGUAAGGAAACCGGAAGCGGGAGCGUGCGCUCCAAAGCCCAAGAAUUGAGGGCAAGCCAAAACUCACCGAACAUCUCCGGCCACAAUCCACCUCUUCCGGCUGUCGUCAUUCUGUAGUUGACAUCUUUGUCAUAAAUUUCUAGUGCCGGUUGUGCAUCGUCUUUCGUCUUAUUAGUCUGUCGACUGGUCUCUUCUUGUUUGUUUAAUAUGGACCAGCAAUCGGUCCCGAUUCCGUCAGUUGUUCCUCCGUCUCUUCCGCCACCACCACCACCGUCGGCGAGCAGUUCUAAUGGAGGAGGAGGUUGCCAAGUUCGGUGUGCUGGUUGCAAGAUGAUAUUGACAGUCGCUGCGGGACUGACGGAGUUUGUGUGCCCUACCUGUCAGUUGCCGCAGAUGCUACCUCCGGAGCUCAUGCCUCAACAACAGCGCAGCAGUGCCCUGGCUCAUGGCAUUGAUCCCACCAAGAUCCAGUUGCCCUGCGCUCACUGCAAGGCCAUACUUAACGUCCCUCAUGGCCUCUCUCACUUCUCUUGCCCUCAAUGUGGGAUCGACCUCGCCGUUGAUAUCUCCAAAAUUAGGCAAUUUCUUCCUCAUCCUUCUCAUCCUGCUGCUCUCCGUCCUCCUCCCCCUCUACCGCCUAUGCCUCAGGAAGAAGUUAACGAGGUUGCCAUUGAAGUAGAACGUGAAGAAGAUGAGGGUGGCAUGGCUGGAGAAACUUUCAUGGACUAUCGGCCUCCCAAGCUAUCUAUUGGACCUCCACAUCCUGAUCCUAUAGUGGAGACAUCUUCCUUAUCUGCAGUACAACCACCUGAACCCACCUACGAUCUGAAGAUCAAAGAUGACUUGGAAAGCUCAAACGCAUUGUCCUGCCUACAAAUUGAGACAUUGGUUUAUGCUUGUCAGAGACACCUUCAGUUCCUUCCAAAUGGUACCAGAGCAGGAUUUUUUGUAGGUGAUGGUGCUGGUGUGGGGAAAGGACGAACAAUUGCUGGACUAAUAUGGGAGAAUUGGCACCAUGGUAGAAGGAAAGCAUUGUAAGUUUUCGGCUAAAAGAAGUGCAUUUUU